AAAGAUGGCUACAAUACUUCCAGUCUAGGGCUUUCGCCUUCAACAAAGAUGGUGUUUAUGACUCAGGUUCACUCAAAGUCUGGAUUCCGGUUGUAGUUUUUUUUUUUAAAGAUACGUGGUCGCAGACGGAGAAAUGGAGGCCAGAGACAAGCAAGUGCUCCGCUCACUACGUCUAGAGCUGGGUGCAGAGGUUUUGGUAGAGGGCCUGGUUCUUCAGUACCUUUAUCAGGAAGGAAUUUUGACAGAAAAUCAUGUUCAAGAAAUCAAAGCUCAAACCACAGAACUCCGGAAAACAAUGAUGCUGCUGGAUAUCCUGCCUUCCAGGGGCCCUAAAGCGUUUGAUACCUUCUUAGAUUCCUUACAGGAAUUUCCCUGGGUAAGGGAGAAGCUGGAGAAGGCCAGAGAAGAAGCUGUAACAGAGCUCCCUGCAGGCAUUAGGACUCCGUGAAGAAAUGGCUCAUCCCAGCUCUGGAAUGUGAAGCAUAUAGAAUGGCCUUGGGGCAUCUUGAAGCUGAAAAUCAUCAAAGAGAGAACUGGAAUCAUGUCAGGAUCAUUCAGAAGCCAACCCGAAGGGGCAGGACCAAGAUGGGAGAGUCUGAGCAUGAAAGGAUUGAAAUGUAUAAAAAUACUUAAGUUUAGUAUAGUACUUUAAAAUAUAACACAACAAAAAUGGAAGCCAAAUUCAUCUGUCACUUCUAAAGAUGUGAAGUAAUAAGUCCUUAUUCUGAAGAUGGAUUAAGAAAAAAAGGAAACCUGGCAUCCAUCUCCACUUCCCUUAUGGCCUAUACUUCAGGGCAAGUUCUUCAUAGGAAUCAGAGCUAAUAAGUAGAAAGGGAUGCUACAAAAAAAUAUUUGAAGACAUGAUUUUACAACAUCUGAUGAAACAAUGGAGGUAACAGCAAUGAAUGGAUGCUACAGUGGAGCUUUUACAGUGGUGAAAAUGGAGCUUUUUAAUAGAAGAUCAGGCUGACAACACUUGAACCCAUAGGACAGUGUCCACAUCACUGAAAGUGGGCCCAUCAAACAUGCUGCUCCACAGUGAUCUGAUACUAAAGAAACAGUGCUACCUUCUUCCCCACACCCACCCUGUCUCCCAACAAGGUUGAACCAAAAUGUCAUAAACAUCCAUGUCUAAUUACAGUGGUCUCCCCUUAUCAUGAGGAUAUAUUCUAAGACCUCCCCAAUGGAUGCUUGAAUUCUGUGGAGUUACCAAAUCUUUCAUUUAUUCUUGUCUUUCCUCUCUCUAUAUAUGAUAGUUUAAU